ACAGCUUCGGAGGUUAAAUUCCUCUCGUCAUCGUUAAACCCCACGCACAAGGACUGUAGGCCAAAACCCUACUUAGGCAGUGGUCGGCGAACGAAGUUUGCAUCGGAUUGAAGUCUGGAGGAGGCCAAAAAGUGGAUCUACUUGGUUGAAAGUAGCAUUAGCUCAUAAUGCUGCUGAUGGGCUAAACUCAAGGGAAUUUAGAUACCUAUAUGCAAAUUUCAUGCAGUAUAAAUCCUCUCAGAGGUGAUGCCAAGGAUGAGACUUCCCUCACAAUAUGAAAAGGUUUAGCUGUGCAAGGGCGUGAAUUUCAUCACCAUCAUGCAAGGUGUGACGGCUAGCUGGAUAGGGCAAUCAUUUGCUCUACCACAAUGCAACGCUGCGAGGCAAAACAAGUCACGAAGUCGACGAACAAAAGAAGAGAGGAGAACAUUGGUUGUGUCCUUUAUAAAGAAGUACCAGAGCUCACAUGAUGGGAAAUUUCCAUCCCUUAAUCUCACACACAAGGAAGUUGGCGGAUCAUUCUACACCAUAAGGGAAAUCGUGAGAGACAUAAUUCAAGAAAACAAAGUGCUGGGUCCUGGAAACCCGACAUCAAAAUUACUAAAUCUUGAGUUUUACUCGGAAGAAGAGGUAGAUGAUGGAAAAUUAUGCAUUUCAACAAUUGAUAAUGGAAUAAAUCAUGCUCAUUUUGAUGAUGAUUUUUCAAUGGAGCCCCUAGAAGUUUCAAAUGAAGAAAAUAUUUCAACACACGAACCUGGUUCUCAGGUGAAGUUCAAAACUGAUCUAAAUGAGAAUUUUUCUUCGCAAGAGAAGAAUGGCGAAACUCAUCUUAUAGAAAACUCUGCUAACGGCAGCGUCCUACAUGAGAAUUUGGUUUAUACAGGGAUGAAGGAAUCAAAUGUUCAACCUAACAGCCCAGUAGAUAUUGGUGUUCAAUAUGCUAAGCAAACACUUUCCUUAUAUCCUACUGUGUCAGGAAACUUUUUGGUUGGAUCUGAGCAGAAAGACGAAGACAGACAGAAUAAAAUAUCUGUGAUAACCCAGUGUUUUGAAGAGAGCACUAACAUUUCAGGGACUUCUGUUACCAAGAACUUGUUAGGAACUAGUAUGCAUUUCACAGACACUGUAGAUGAUCAGUCAAAUCGCUGCAGGGGGCAUAAUAAUCACGAAGUCUUGACGUUAGUUGAAGAUAAAUUAGACCAAGAUGGUUCCUCUGAAACAGUAGCUCCAACUGUUUUGUCAAAUGUUUCCAGAUCUGCUUGCUCAGAAAUAGAACAAUUUGGCUCAAACAGGGAGAUUGAUUUUUAUAGCGAACAAGGAAUUGAUGCAGCAGAAGGAAAAAAUGUGGAUAGCCUUGUCUUACAGACAACAAGAUUUCCUGUCCCUAGAGCUACAGAAAAUGAUAUACAACCGGUAGAUAAGUCUGGUAGUUCUGUUGGUACUGUUAGAGAAUCCGAAAAUGCUUUAAGCAAACUACUUGAACCUGUCAUCGAAGAGGCAGAUCAUUUAGAUGUCAAGUCUGAAAAACAAUCUGAUGCUUUCAGGAUUGUGAAUGGUGGAGGCUUUAUGAGCUCUUCAAACGAGGAGACGGCUGCCAAAAAGUCUCUGGUUUCGGAACCAAACCCUUUCUGGGGUGCAAUCAAAUCGUUCAUCUCCUCUUUCAUCAAGUUUUGGUCCGAGUAAGUAACUCUCCUCCUUCAAUAAUAUGUGAAGUGAUAUCAGCCCUUUUAAAUAUCUUUAUUCUAUCGCCAUCUCAUCUUUAGAUAUUGUGAGAAAUAAGCUAUUGUGUUUCAGUCGGUUACGUAGCUCUUAUUUGUUUAUGUUUUUUACCAGCUUUGGAUAGCAGAAAUGUCUUCUAUAGUGAUGUAAGAUGUGGUGUUGCUUUAUUAUGCUGUGAGUAGAGAAACAAUUAUAUGGUAAACUUAUGUCAAAAUUUCUCUCUUAAGUGC